AUGCGUUUCUCCGUUCUUCUCGCCGUCCUGCCCUUUGUGGCCACUGCCCUCGCCGGUCCGAUCAACAAGAUUCCCCGCGGCGGCGACGUCGACAUGCCUAUUGGGCACCACGACCCCGAUCCUAUUGAGGACGACAACCGUCCUAAGCACGACAUCACUCAAAAGCCAGAUCUCCCCAUCGACAUCCCGGAGCAUCUGGCCAAGAACCCCGCCGUCGUAGAGGUUUUGAGCCUCAUGAAGCGUCAGAAUUUCCUGGACGGAUGCAGUGGUGCACCACCGCCGCCACCAGAUUGCGGACCUGGCAAGUCUGGUGGUGCUGGGUGUGUUUAG